AUGUUUACAAUGAUGGCCCACAGCUCGGGAGGUUUGCUGUUCCUCUGUUCAUUAUGGUCGCUGUGCUCGGCUGAUUUGGAGACUAUAAGCCCGGGGUUUGGAGGAGACAAGUUUAAGGUGGAAGGCCGAGCCGUCGUGCCUGGAGUGAGGCCUCAGGAGUGGGUGAGCCGGGCCCGGGUGUUAGUGGACGGAGAGGACUACAUCGGCUUCCUGCGGAUGGAUGGAAGCUUUGUGGUCCAUGAUGUUCCUCCAGGUUCCUAUGUAGUAGACGUUGUGUCUCCAGCUUAUCGAUUUGAGCCAGUCCGAGUGGAUAUAACUUCAAAGGGUAAAAUGAGGGCCAGAUAUGUAAAUCACAUCAAAACUUCAGAAGUUGUUCGGUUACCAUACCCUCUCCAGAUGAAAUCUUCAGGUCCUCAUUCCUAUUUCAUCAAGCGAGAGACCUGGGGGUGGACAGACUUUCUUAUGAACCCAAUGGUGAUGAUGAUGGUUCUGCCGCUACUGAUCUUCGUGCUGCUUCCUAAAGUUGUGAACACUAGUGACCCAGAAAUGAGACGGGAAAUGGAACAGUCAAUGAACAUGCUCAACUCCAACCCAGAGCUGCCUGAUGUGUCUGAGUUUAUGACGAGACUGUUUACUUCAAAAUCUUCCAGCAAAUCCAGCAUAGGGGGAAAAGUUGGCAAGAGCGGAGUUGGGAAAAGGAGGUAG